AUGCAAGACCCGCAGAUGAUUCUCGAUAUGAUGAAAACACCGCGAGUGCUUGAUGAGGACCAGCCAGUUCCGGACGAGCUUUACGAUGUGUUUUGGAACGACCCUAAUGGAAGCUUAGGCGCAUUCUCUGAUCACCAAGAUGUAAUGCUCACGUACAAGAUCUUCAUGUCGACACCACUACUUCUUGUUUCCAAGGAAGUGAAUAGAGAGGCGGAGAGGGUACUGCGGGCCAACAAACGAGGAUGGAUCAAUUACUACAACGAAGUCGCGCGAUCCAACAUACAUUACCAUCGGAUCAUUAAACCGACCAGGGCUUUCCAGUACCUUUGGUCUCGCAGUCAGGUCGUUCUGGAAAACACUACCGCGGAUACCAUGUUCUUCUUGCAGUUCCUACCGGAGGUCUUGAAGAAGAGCCUUCAUAGUUUGAUCAUCACGAAAAGCUUGAUGAUCGAAAACGAAUUGUCGAUAGCACUCUGGCAAACUGACGACGAAAAGGGCGGAUCGUUCAUGUCAAACUUGAUCAAAGAACACUAUCCUAACCUGCGUACAAUGGCUCUUGAGAUACCAAGCACGGAGGAAGAGAUGAGAAGCAAUAUCAAUAACGCUUUCGGGCACUUAUGCGAUAUGCUCAAGAUGAAAGAUCUAGAUGCCCUCAGGUACUUCUUCAGGGAGGCUUGCUUUUCUCAAUCCGACGGCUGGUUCCUCAUAGAUGUGGACCUAGAAGGGUGGGAGCUCAGCGAUGAGUCCGACGACUAUGAGGUGGGAGAAGACGAAAUUUCGGAGCGCUACAAACAACCCCUGGAUGGCGUGGAGGAAACUAUUUCGCCUACUUCAAUCGGCAAAUACCGAAACUCAGACAUCAUGACUCUUACCAUGAUUCAAACCUCAACCGAGUUCGAAGCGGAUCAGCUCUACAACGCCAUUCACUACUCAGAUUUCGCCUAUGACUACACAACGGCGGUUUCAGCCUAUUUGAAAGACUUUCCUGCUCUCCCCUCCGUUCCGACCACCGAAUACUCCUACGCACCAACCUCAAUACCUACUUGGUGGCCAGACUUCACGCACAGUACACUUUUGUCAGACAUGUCUUAUCCAGUCUCACCAAGAGAGUUGAAAUCUCUGAUCGAAGCCGAAUUACACCAAGGUCUCACGCAGUCAGCUAUCCUCCAGCACUGGAUGAAGAGAUCUGGGAGCGAAAUCCCGCUUGGCAGUGCCGCUGCAGCCGCAGCACUCCAAGACGCUAUCAUCGUGGCCUCUGAUGCCGAGUGGUACGAGCACGAUGACCAUUUCAUCACGGAACUCGGAAUAUCUGUUCUCGAUCCGCGUUCCGUGCCACAACCAUUUUCCUCAUCACCAUGGGGUAUUCUCACCAGCAUGGAGAACUACCACGUGCGCAUCAAGCCCCACGCACAUCUCACCAACAAAGACCUCUGCGAAGGGCAUCCAGAUGCCUUUCAAUUCGGCAGCACAACCUUUGUCAGCGUGAAAGAAGCGAAAGAAAUGCUGCGCAGCAUUUUCACUCGCCAAGACAUAUACGGUAACCUACGUCCAAUAAUCUUCGUAGGCCACGCCGUCUCAAACGACUACGAAGUCAUAAAAUCGCGCUUUGGUCUCGACCUUGAAGAAAUCGGCACCAUCGUCGCAACAAUCGACACACAAGUGCUGGCCGUAGAGCACGGCCUCGUAAACCCAUCCCGCAAAAUCCGCCUUGCACAUCUCCUCGCCGAAUACGACAUCAAAGAACCAUACCUUCACAACGCCGGCAACGACAUCGUAUGCACCAUGAUCGCCGCCUUCCUAAUGCUUUGUCCUCCAACCCAAACCCCGCUCAACAAACUCCACUACGUGGACCUCAAAGCGCAACUCCGCGACGCGGGCCAAACCGCCAUCAAAGAAGGUCGCGGCUACGGCGUCACGCAAAUGCAUUAA